AUGAGCUCUCAAUUUCUGUAUGAAGACGGUCAAGGCAAUGCAUAUGAUGAAGAAGGGCACUAUGCUGUUGAUGUCGAAAUGAGCGAAGACGAUGCAGAGGUCCUAGAAUGUCUUUUAAAUUUGGGCAGCUAUCAACAAUAUCAAAAGGAUCAAAAAAAUGAUCAAGCCAUGGAGCCAGAUACCGCUACAUCAACAAGCUCUACUCACCCAAAACAACCCAAAUCGAAAACUGCCUCGUCAACUCCUACAAGAACUACGUACACAGACAUGCAAAAAUACAAGGUCAUUUGGCUUAUGGAGGAAAAGAGAUUAAAUGCGGCAGAAGCCGGACGACAAGUGGGUAUGAAUGAACGCGUCGCUCAGAGGUUGGCAAAGGAAUAUUAUGAAGAUCCAGAGAGAAGAAUCCCCACUGGAGCCGAUAAAAAGAAACGCGGACCUAAGCCGGCACUGUUUGAAGAAGCGCACAAAGACCACGUAACACGGUUUAUUGACGACAACUCCACGGCAACAGUGACUGAUGUCAUGAACAGUUUAACAGCAGCUUUUGAAGAUCUGAAAAUCAACAAAACAACUGUUAACCGGUUCAUGAAAGAGGAAUGCAAACUUUCAUUUAAGAAAGUGCAUCUACAACCUCUUAAGCGCAACGGCGAAGAUGCCAUUGAAAAACGAUACACCUGGGCAAUGGAAAUGGCUACCACAGACAAGGAUUUUUUAAAAAACUGCGUAUUCAUCGACGAAUCUGCAUUUAGCAUCAACUUGAAAAGAACUUAU